AAUGCUUAAAAGUCCCUUUGUGGUUUUUCAAUAUUGUUCAUUUACCCACCUGAGGUUUUGACGCAAAAUAAAUUUCAGUGAUUUGCCUUGUUCGACAUAAAUGUCACUCUUGAGGGUUUUGUGUUAAUGUUUGAUGGCCAUGUUGCAAGUUGCAUUGUAUUUAUAUUGAAAGGUUAAUAAAAAGGGUUAAUAAAAGAAAUAAUAAAAAAGACAACAAAACACACAAAAAGAAAACAAUGGAGGCAUUAAUAAUCGUAGCCUUGACUGACCGGUAACAUUGUGGUAGCGUGUUUGGUUUUAAUGCGGAAGGUGUUAAACAAGCUUGACAAGAAUGAAAUCAUUAAACACAACUGGCCUACUUUAUGGUUGCAAUGGAGAAAUUGAAAACACUAUUCCCAAAUGGGAGUCCAUCACACUAACAUGUGUUAUAUUACUUAUUGUUGUUACUGCAUUGUUUGGUAAUUCGUUGGUGUGUGUAGCUGUAUAUAAAUUCACAAAACUGCGUACUGUAACAAAUGCUUUAUUAUGCUCGUUGGCAGUUACUGAUCUCCUUACACCAAUAGUUCGAUUGCUGUCCAUGGCAGUUGUUACAAUUAAAGGUAAAUGGGUAUUUGGUUGCGAGUGGUGUCAAAUCUCUUCCAAUCUUGGCGUGUUUCUAUGCUCAUCUUCCAUUAUUCAUUUGUGUGUUGUGAGUGUGGAAAGAUACUUGAUUAUAAAACAUCCUCUUAGCUACAAUAGAUGGGCGUCAAAAAGAAAUUUUUUCCUACUUGUUAUAUUCAUUUGGUCAUUGUCAAUCAUAAUGUCAAUCUUGCCUUAUCUGAAUGUAGUAAAGUUAACAUUUGAAACGGAGUUAUUGGAUUGCACUAUAUAUAUGCUGCACUCACCGACCAUGGCAUUAUUGCUAGCUCUUAUGUAUUUCGCUUCUCCUUUUCUUAUUAUGAUUCUUGUUUAUUAUCGAAUUUACGACGCAGUGCAGAAACAAAUCAAAUCCAUCGCUUCAAGUUCUCUUGGAAAUAAAGUUGAAAAGAAAAAACAAAAAAUCAAGAAGGAAUGGAAAGCAGUGAAAACAGUUAUUGUUGUUAUCGGCUUGUUUUUCAUUUUAUGGUUGCCAUAUUUCUGUGUGAAUGCAAUACAUGCGUUUUAUCCAUCAGUGAUUGUGGGUUGGGUUAAAAGAUUGGUGUUUUACCUAGCAUAUUCAAACUCAUGUGUGAACUGGAUUGUUUACAGUGUCCUCAACAAACCACUGCGGUAUUCGUUUAAAAAACUACUUCGUCUGACACCAAAGGUACCCCAACGAGGUCUUAGCGUUUCUAGCGUUGACCAAGACGUAAAACAAGUCAAAAAAUGUUGAGCACAUUGCUCUCUUUUGACAAGUUUAAAUCCUUUAUUGUGAUAACAGUAUCUUCUGAUGUAAAUGUAAGUUUCAGUACAAGCAACGAUGCUUCUGUAAAUCAAUAUUUAAAAAUUGAUGACACUAAUAAUAAAUAAUAAUAAAGUAAAAACUAGUUGUGAAAAACUUUUAUUUCUGGGAAAUAAAACCUUCUUCUAGUUUAACAGCUAAGAUAUAAUACAACGUAGUAAAUAUCACAUUGAAUUUUGGAAAGUGAGAAGUGUU